UAAAUUAAUAAUUAAUCAGGUAAAUAAACUUAUAUGCUGAGCAUCACUAUAGCUACAACGAGGUGAAUUAUAUAGAUAGUUCAAUUCUGAUAUUUUUUUUGUCCAAAAAAGGGUUCAGUUCUGAUAUUUGUUUGAUUUUCAAAUGAAAGCGGUAAAAAAUCAUGAUAAAUCUAAUAAUGAUAUCAUUCUAAAUACGAAUUUGAAUGUGUAGUUCCAUGAAAUGAAUAUCGAAAUAAGGAUUAAAAACUCAGUGAACAUUAGGAUUGAAGCAAUAAAAGUGUGAAAAGGGAACAAUAAAGCCAAAUGGUUAGGGAUUAGACAGAUUGAAAUGUUGGGGAGCAUAAAAGCCAAUAAUUUGGUAAUUUUGCAGAGGACCCCCUCUUAUUGCGGCCAAUUAAUUUAAUUUGAUUUUCAAAUAACUUCACAAACAUGUCUCUCGAAAAUUUUCUUAUAAAGUUCUCAGUGCAGAGGAAACCUUUUUUUAUGAAAUACGAAGAUUUUAAAAGCUGAAUGACAGAUUUAAAAGCAAAAAAAAGGUACACGAAUUAUUAAACAUGACAAUAUCUAAUGUGAAAAAACUGUUUGGUUUUUAGGAUAUAUAUAUCCAUAAUUAUUAAUGAUUUUAGAGUCAUUUCUUGCUCUUAGAAGUAGGGAUAUAGAAAUGUGCAAGUAUCUACUUAUUCAGGGGCUCACAAAGUAAAUCAUACUUUAAUAAAUGGGAAAAAUAUCCGAGACUGCAGCCAAAAUAAUGAUGUUACCUAAUAAUUCAAGGGAAUAAUUUUAUAGGCAACCCUUUGUUUUCCAAAAAGGUUGUGUCAAUUAUGGAGUCACAUGUGCAAAUUGCCUUAAAACUAUCCUCAUACAAAAAUUCAAAAUAUUAAUGAAACUCGGUAGUAAAAAAUCUACAGAGGAAAUGGAAAAGUGUCUUCAGAUCAUUAUUUAAAAACCAAUUCUACAGCCAAGAUUUAAAGAAGAAUGCCUCGAUGGCUCGAUGUAUUAUUUUAUCUAACCUUGCCUUGAAAUGAAUAUAUAUGCAUCAAUGCAUGUACUCAAAUUAUUUGAUAGGAGAUAAUGAGAACUAAGACACAUGGACAUGGUACAAAAACUUAAAACAUACAGUAUACAUACAAAAUCUCAUACAAAAAGAUCUGUAUGUAGUAUCCAUAGACCAUACCAUACAUCGGUUUCUUCCCUCUCUCGCCCACACUCAUACAAGAAGAAAAAUAAAAAAAAAUGUUAUUAAGUCAUGGGACCAUAUCUGUAGCUUACAUUCGACCUUUUUCGUGAACUACACGAUCAGUCUCUCCCUCUCUAAAAAAAGCUCAAUCUUCUCUCUUUCUUUGGAAUUAAAAGGGUAGAGCCUUUACUUUUUCCUUCUCUUUCAGCUGAGUAUAAAUCUAAAAAUGGACGAUCAUCAUCCUCAGUAUGGUGUACCGGAGCUCCGGCAGCUCAUGCAAGGCGGGGGGAGGGCGACUACGACGGAAUCACCGUCGACCUCUUCUCAUUUUCCCUCCGACUUCUUUGGCUUCAACCUAGCUCCGGCUGCGCCCCCUCCGCCGCCGCAACACCACCGGCUACAUCAGUUCACUACAGAUCAGGAAAUGGGUUUCUUACCACGUGGCAUACAUGGACUGGGUGGGAGUUCUUCGACGGCUGGAAAUAACAGUAACUUAAACGCUAGCAGCAGCGGUGGAGCAGUUGGGUUUAGCGGGUUUCUGGACGGAGGAGGUUUCGGAGGCAGCAGCGGAGGAAAUGGUGGAGGAACAGGGAGAUGGCCGAGACAAGAAACCCUAACUCUGCUGGAGAUUAGAUCUCGUCUUGAUCAUAAGUUCAAAGAAGCUAAUCAAAAGGGACCUCUAUGGGAUGAAGUUUCUAGGAUUAUGUCUGAGGAACAUGGAUACCAAAGGAGUGGGAAGAAAUGCAGAGAGAAGUUUGAGAACCUUUACAAAUACUAUAAGAAGACUAGAGAAGGCAAAGCCGGAAGACAAGACGGUAAACACUAUAGAUUUUUCCGGCAGCUUGAGGCGCUCUACGGUGAUUCCAACAACUUGGUUCCUUGUCCCAGUCAUAACACACAGUUCAUGAGCAAUGCUCUUCAUGGUUUCCACACCCAAAACGGUAUGAACGUUACUACAACAACGUCUAACAUUCAUAACGUUGAUAGUGUUCAUGGUUUCCAUAGUCAAAGCCUAAGCCUUUCUAACAACUACAACUCCUCCGAGCUGGAGCUGAUGACUUCCUCUUCUGAGGGGAAUGAUUCUAGUAGAAGAAGGAAAAAGAGGAGUUGGAAAAAUAAGAUAAAGGAGUUCAUUGAUGUGAACAUGAAAAGGUUGAUAGAAAGUCAAGAUGUUUGGCUUGAGAAGUUGACAAAGGUUAUUGAAGACAAAGAGGAACAAAGGAUGAUGAAAGAAGAGGAAUGGAGAAAGAGUGAAGCUGCGAGAAUCGCUAAAGAGCAUUUGUUUUGGUCUAAAGAGAGGGAGAGGAUGGAAGCUAGGGAUGUGGCUGUGAUUGAGGCUUUGCAGUUUUUGACCGGAAAGACGUUGAUAAAGCCGUUAUGUUCAUCCCCAGAGGAGAGGAUUAAUGGUAAUAUUGAGAUUCAAAAGAAUAGUGAGAAUCAGAAUGAGAAUGAAAGCGACCAAACAAUGACUAACAAUGUUUCUAUUGAAGGAAGUGGUAGCUGCUGGAAUGAGCAAGAGAUCACAAAGCUUAUGGAGAUAAGAACUAGUAUGGACUCGGCGUUUCAAGAGAUAUUGGGAGGAUGCUCGGAUGAUUUUUUAUGGGAGGAAGUCGCAGGGAAAAUGGCUCAGUUAGGGUUCGAUCAGAAAAGUGCCUUGUUAUGCAAGGAAAAGUGGGAGUGGAUAAGCAAUGGAAAGAAGAAAAUGAACAAGAAAAGGAAGGACAAUUCGUCGAGCUGCGGCGGUUACUAUCCAACAACCGAAGAAAAUACGAUCUACAACAAUCAAGAAAGUGGAUAUAAUGAUAAUGAUCAGCGUCAUCAGAUGAAUGAACAAGGCAAUGUGGGUUCUUCAACAUCAAAUGUAAACGCAGCCGCUGGAAACCCGAGCGGUGCAAUGACCGCUAAUACAAACUGCUUCCCGUUCUUCAUGGGAGACGGAGAUCAGAAUCUGUGGGAGAGUUAUGGUUUGAGGCUAAAUAAAGGAGAGAAUCAUGAGUGAGUAAUUAAUUUCCAACGAAGAAGGUAAUCAUGAGGUUAGCUAAUUCUUUUGAGUUAGUUUUAUGAGAGAUAAACCUUGACUUAACUAUUAUAUACGUCACACGAUGCUUAGAAUGAAAGGGAUAGAUUUGGUUGGGGCAUACCGACCAAAUUAUAAGAUGAAAGUCAAAUUAAAGUAGGCUAUAACCAAUUCUUAUUAUGUUUUCAUUUUGUCAUUUUGUAAGACUUCUUAUAUGUUUUUCUAGUACUGAACCUUGAUUCUAGUAGUAAACAGAUGCAUCUAUAUA